UGGGUGGAGCCAGGCUAGCUACUGCACAGGCUGCUCAGUGUUUCCGUGAGAGAAGAACAGAGACUGACAUGGAGCAGGGGAAUCAUCUGGCUGGCCUCAUCCUGGCUAUCUCCCUUCUUCAAGGUACUAUUGCCCAGUGGAAACAAGGAGAACCAAUGGUAGCGGUGGAUGAAAAUCAAGAAGACAGUUCAGUGCUUCUGACUUGUAACUUGGAAGGAGAAAAUAUCAAAUGGUUUAAAGAUGGGAAGGAAAUAAUGCCAAACAGAAGUACAUGGAAACUGGGAAGUAGCAUGAAGGACCCUCGAGGGACAUAUUGGUGUCAAGGAUCAAAGAAGAAUUCCACAAAACUCCAAGUAUAUUAUAGAAUGUGUCAGAACUGCAUUGAGCUGAAUGCAUCCACUGUGUCUGGCUUUGCCUUUGCCGAAAUCAUCAGCAUUUUUUUCCUCGCUGUUGGGGUGUAUUUCAUUGCUGGACAGGACGGAGUUCGCCAAUCAAGAGCUUCAGACAAGCAGACUCUGUUAUCCAAUGACCAGCUCUACCAGCCCCUUAAGGAUCGGGAAGAUGACCAAUACAGCCACCUUAAAGGAAACCAGCUGAGGAAAAAUUGAGCUCAGCACUCACAACAGGUAUUCUACUUUGUAUCCAGUUCUCAGAAACAAAGCUAUACAUUUUGGAGCACUCCUAGCAGAGAUUCUUUCUGCUCUAAAACUAGACUCAGAGUUUCAGAGGUGACAAGUUGAGAAGA